AUGGAACUGGUGGUUGCUUACCUAAAGGUCUUGUUGCUGCUGCUUUUGGUAGCGCCUCUAGUGUCACACGGUUGCUGUCAACAUUGGUCCUAUGGCUUGAACCCAGGGGGGAAAAGAGUUACUGACAGCCUGUCUGACACCCUGGACAAUCUGGCUGAAGACCUUCCGAAGAUAGACACAUCUUGCAGUUUGUUUGGCUGUGCUGAUGUCUCACCUCAUCCCGAAAUGUACCGGCUGAGGGCAUUACUUGUAAGCCUCGCUGACAGACAAAGUGGACUCAAUAAUAUAUAGCAACUGU